AUGGCCCGUCGUUCUCGCCCCAGCAAACUUCAGAAUUAUGCCCUACUGAAGAGUGGUAUACCUCGCCCAAGGCUCACCGAAGACGACAUCACCGAGCUCAAGGCUCACAUGCGCGAGUCCUUCAAAUGGGAUUCGGAUCCGAGGGACUUCCAGCUCAAGGCCGUCGUUGCGCAGAUUGAAGGAGUAGACAUGAUUGUCCAGGCUCCCACAGGUGCAGGGAAGACAGCUCUGGCUGCGGGUCCACAUGUUUGGCCCGCCUUUGCAAACAAGGUCACCCUCAUGGUGAGCCCGCUGAUGGCUCUGGAGGAGGAAAUGGUGGACACCUUUCGGGACGACUUCGGCCUCAAGGCGGUCACACUACAUAGCAAAAACGGCGGCUGCAGCAUGGAAGAGAUUGAGAAGAUCCUCAACCUGGAGUAUCAAGUAGUAAUUGUCUCACCGGAGAUGCUCCAAUCCCGCCGCUUUACCGACCUCGUACUCCGCAACUCAAAGUUCACCCAGAACAUUGUCUCAAUGUUCAUUGACGAAGCCCACUGCGUCGUUCACUGGGGUGCGGACUUCCGGAAGAGUUACGGCACCCUGGGAAAGAUCCGCGCAUUCCUGCCUCCAUGCACUCCCGUAAUCGCUGUCACAGCUACUCUCACUAGACGAGUUCGUCGCGCGCUCUACGGCUCCCUCUUGUUCUCUCAAUCUGAGGCCCGGAGCCGCUUCGUCAACAAAGGGAAUGAUCGUCCAAACAUCUCCCUUGUUAUUCGUGGUUGUGAGCAUCCCCUCAACACGUUUGCAGACCUUGAUUUUGUCAUCUCCGAGAACAUACAAUCAGUCCACGACAUCCCAAAGACCUACCUCUACGUCCAGAAGAUCGCCAUCGGCAAUGACAUCAUUGCCCAUCUGUACCGGCGGCUAUGGGAAAUCCUUCCCGAACUGCGACCAGGUCCGAACCAGCCCAAAGAAGCUGGAUGUAUCCGGCUGUUCAACGCAACUAUGUCUGCACGCUACCGCAAGUGCGCCAUGGCCGCCUUCCGUGAGGGACAGAUCCGAAUCAUGGUCUGCACAGAUGCGGCAGGAAUGGGCUGCAACAUCCUCGAUGUGGAGCGUGUUAUCAUAUGGAAGAUGCCGGAAACGUUCUCACACUUCGUGCAGCGCGCGGGACGCGCAGCGCGAGGGCGCGGCACUCGAGGGGUCGCCAUCCUCCUUGUCGAGCGCUCUGCGUACAACACCAAUAUCGUCGACAACAUGCCCGCUUCCCUUGAUGAAAAGCCCGUUGGCAAGAUUCAGGGGACCAAGGAGAAAGCACCACGCGCAGACUCCAAGGAGGUGAAAGAGUACGCCAGAGCUCACGGUGUCAAUCGCGGCGGCUCAAAGCAACUCGACGACAUACCCAAUGGCAAACAACCCCAGCUGAACCCAGCAAGUGCCGACGAAGGUCUUCUCUCAUUUGUGCAAAGCACGUCCUGCCGGCGUGAAGUCUGGGCACAGGUUUUCGAGAUCCCAGACUCGGAGCGGCAUCCCCUAGCUGAAGGGUGUCCGUGUUGCGACCUCUGCCAUCCGAAGCUGUUUGAUCUCGCCCGCCCUGCACCUUGUCCUCGUGAAAAAACGAACAGGUUGCCCACGAAGGGCCUGCCCGACCCGACAGCUCGUGCCGCUCUCGCACAGUGGCGCAAGAUGGUACAUGCCCGCGACCACCCAUUGGCAUGGUUUAACGCCAAGGCAAUACUUCCCGACGUGCUUCUCGACUCACUUGUCUCAUAUGGCUCUGUCACUCCCAUCCAAAUUCGAGCUAUCAUGAAGGAGCCAUCCGCAGUGUGGACGGAUCGCCUCACCGCUGAGCUAUGUGAGUCUAUGGCACAUUUGCAGAUUCGGUUCGUCCCCAAUCCAAAGAAGAUCUCGGUGAAGGCAAUUCUUGAACAUCCUUUGCCCUCAUCCUUACCUGUUCCACCCACCAACUCUGCUGGCUCGUCGUCGUGCAAACCAGUACAAGCCGUGCCAACCCAGACUGAGGCCGCGCGCGCACCAUCACCCGAUACCAUGCGCGAGCCCCCACCUAAACGCACACGUACCAAAACGAAGCCCACGAUGCCCCCAGAAACCGCAUACUACCCGACCUCUGUUUCCGCCAACGCAGAAGCAUCCAAACGGCCGCGCGGGGCGUCCGCGUCGUCCAUGGCUCCUCCGCCACAGCGUAAGCGCCUGCGCGCGACAGAGGCCUCCAUCUACGCCUGCGAUACACCCGGCUUUCCCUACAAUGCCGCUGGGUCCACCCACGAUGUCAGCCCCUAG